AUGGAUGUAUGGACGGUAGACUGUGUCGCAGUGGGUCUGACGUGGGCAGGACGUGGGCAGGACGUGGGCAGAGCCAGCAGGAGGAUAAGAGCUGAGGCACAGAGAGGAGGCGGUACUAGCAGCGGACCAGCCGAGGAGAGAGCACUGCAGAGCGGCCACACACACCACCGAGACCCGCCAGAGAACAGGCCCCAGAGCGGCAAAAUGCAGCUCCCAGGGCGGCCCGGAGCCCCCAGCCCGCGGAGGAGCAGGAGGAGACCCAGGAGCGGCCGGACUGGGUGCACAUAUGACGUUCCAUAG